AUGCGUCGCUGCAACAGAAAUAAAGAUUCAGCUAACACCGCUGUAGUUGUCAAGAGGGCACCGCGGCAACUACACUUCCUGAAAGUGCUGAGGGAAAACAAGCUGGAAGAAAAGCUGCUGGUGACCUUCAACCACUCCUCCAUCGAGAGUGUACUGGUGUACUGCAUCUCAGCAUGGUACACCGGUUGCUCAGCAACAAACAGGAGAGCUCUUCAGAGGGUCAUCAACACCGCACAGGAAAUCAUCGGCUGCCCUCUGCCCGCCCUGGAAGACAUCUCCAGCUCCUGCUGCCUUGGCAGAGCCAAGAACAUUUUAAAAUACUCUUCUCAUCCUGGACACCACCUGUUUGACAUGAUGCCCUCUGGCAGGCACAACGGGACCAUUAGAGUACAGACCACCAUAUUUAAAAACAGUUUCCUUCCCUGGGCCAUAAACAAAGUUCCUGUAUACGUGCCCAAUAUACCAGAACCAACCAGCAGGGCGGAGCUCAUGACACACUGGAUCGAUUUGUCUUUGGAUGAGAAGACGGCCAAUAAGAUGUUGUGGAUUUCGGAGGGCGGGUCCAAGGUGUCUCGUAGGACGGAGGAAGUGUGUCCCGUUCUGGACAGACCAGAGAGAUACGAGUACUCGCCACAGGUGCUGUGUAAGGAGGGCAUUCUGAACAUGAGGGCUUACUGGGAGGUGGACUAUUCUGGCUGGGUGGUGGUCGGGGCCACGUAUGAAGGAGCAGGGAGGAGGGCCAACUGCGGGCCCAGCGGCCUGGGGGAGAACGAGGAGUCGUGGGGCUUGUGUUGGGCCGGCUCCUGCUACCAGGUCUGGUUCAACGGGCUGAACAAAGACAUCGGCGAUGUUCCCUACAGCGCCACCAUUGGCAUGUACAUCGACCAGCCGGCGGGAGUCCUCUGUUUCUACCUGGUUCGGGAGGGUGAGGUCCAGCUGCUGCACAGGAUUCAGGCUCCGUUAGAGAAGAAAAUCCUGCCGGGAUUCUGGGUCGGAGUCCAGUCCUCAUGCACGAUCCUGAAGAGACCAGAAUGA